GUUAUAACUAAGAGAAGAGGGUUUGUAUAUGUAAUCAGAAGAGACUGCAACAAUUAAUCUCUACUGCAACUAAUCCACAAAACAGAAAGAAGAAAGAAAGCUGAUAUAGUUGUCUUUAAUUCUUCAGGCGAACACACUUGUCCAACUAUGGCUGAGGCUGUAGUUUCGAUGGUGAUCGAAGGGCUCAAGCCGCUAGGAAACUUGGUGAUUCAGAAUGCUAUGUUGUUACAAGGAGUUGGCGAUCAAGUUGAACUUGCACAAAGCGAGCUACUCCUGAUGCGGAGCUUCCUCAAAGAUGCAGAUGAGCGACAAGAAGAUGAUGAAGUGGUGCGCUUUUGGGUUAAAGUGGUUAGAGAAGCUGCUUAUGAUUUGGAGGAUGUCAUUGAAUCUUUUGUCUUGAAUCUGGAUCUCAAGAGGGGAGGAAGUAUGAAGAUUGUUUUCAAGAGAUAUGCUUGCAUCUGGAAUGAAGGAGUUCAUCGUUACAAGAUCGGAUCAGAAAUUGAGAGCAUUACAACCAAGCUUUCUAAACUGAGGUUGACUAUGCAAAAUUAUGACAUAAAGCAAAGGAAGGGGAAUGAAGGAGCCAGUUCUUUUGCGAGGCAAAGAGAACGCAGGUUGACUUAUGCUCAUAUUAGUGAUGAUCAUGAUGUUGUUGGGAUAGGGAAAGAGGUUGAGAAGUUGUCUACCUAUUUGGUAGAAGAAAGAAGCCGCCGCAUUGUUUCCAUUUGGGGUAUGGGGGGAUUGGGGAAGACCACUCUUGCAAAGAAGGUUUAUAAUCACGAGAAAGUCAAGUCUUAUUUCAAGUACUUUGCUUGGAUCUGUGUAUCUCAACAAUUUGAGGGCAUAGCUAUUAUGAAAGAAAUUUUCAUAAAACUUAGCGGUGCGUCCGAUGAGCAAAGAAAGGAAAUUGCAGAGCUGAAAAGUGAUGAAAUAGCAGAGAGGCUCUACAAUUUUCAACGGGAGAGAAAGUGUUUGGUGGUGCUUGAUGACAUAUGGACACUUGAUGGGUGGAACUCUUUGAAAGGUGCAUUUCCAGUGAAUGAGGAAACUAAUAGCCGAAUCAUUCUCACAACUCGCAACGAAGAAUUAUCUUCAAUUGCAAAGGAAAAUGGUUUGUCCUAUGGAUCGCAGGCACUGAGUGAUUAUGAUAGCUGGAACUUGUUUCGGAAGAUAGCAUUCUCGGAAGCGGAUGAGACAGACAGCAGAAUCAAAUCAAGGAAAGAAGAAGUUGGAAGGGACAUGCUUCGCCAGUGUGCAGGUUUGCCACUAGCGAUUAUUGUGCUUGCAGGACUGCUUUCUAGAAAACACACAGUCGGUGAGUGGGAAAUUGUGCAUGAGAAUGUUGAUGUGCAUAUAAGAAGAGGCACAGACAUUGAUCGAGAGUACACCGGUCAUAAGUAUGGAGGUGUAUUGUGGAUAUUGGCAUUGAGUUGCGAAAACCUACCAUAUCGCUUAAAGUUAUGUUUUUUAUAUUUGAGCCAUUACCCUGAAGACUAUGAGAUAUCAGUGAAACAAUUGAUCUAUUUCUGGAUGGCAGAAGGUUUUAUAUCUUCGACAUCAUCAGUAAUGUCGGAAGAUAUAGCAUAUAGCUGCUUCAGUGAGUUGGUGGCGAGGUGUAUGAUUCAGGUCGGGCAAAUUGGUUUAACUGGGAAGAUUAAAACAUGUCGGCUCCAUGAUCUCAUGAGAGAUAUGUGCAUCUUAAAGGCCGAAGAAGAGAACUUUUUUCAUGUUGCCAAUUUCUCAACGAGGACAAGAACCAACGAAACACAAGUUGGUAGAGUUCGAAGAUUGGCAAUCUAUUUGGACAAAGAAGAUCAAUUAGUUCCCGCUAGAAGAGAUGAUCACCUUAGGUCACUCAUAUACUUCAGCCCUCAAGAUUUUCAACCAAUCUGGAGUAAACAUGUCAUCCGGUCUGUAUUCAAUGACUUGAAGUUGCUUAGAGUUCUGAAGUUAGAAGAUAUGCUAGGACUCAAAAAGUUACCGAGCACAAUUGGAAAUCUGGUACACUUGCGGUUUCUAGGUCUUAAGAGAAGCGGAAUAAACCACUUCCCAUCAUCUGUAGCGAAUUUGGUGUGUUUGCAGACUCUAGAUUUACGUUACAGAAAUACCAAAAUGAUAGAAAUUCCAAAUGUGUUUGGGAAGAUGGAACAAUUGAGACAUUUAUAUCUACCUCGGAGGAGCAAGACUGUGCAAGGGCAGCUGGCAUUGGGAAAGUUGCAGACUUUGGUGAAUGUUGAAUGGGGAGGCUUUGAUUUAAAUUCCCUUGUUGAAUUAACAAAUCUUAGGAAGCUAUUCAUCUCUGAGACUACAGCAGAGACAAAUCCCUGGAAAAAUCUGGAGGAAAUCUUGAAAUCGAGUAGUCUCGUAUUCCUCCAUCUUCGUUCUCUAUCUGUAGUGUUUGGUCCUUCAUGGGAUAUAGUAGUAUUAAAGUUUCGGUUUGUAUACAAGCUACAAUUGGCAGGGUCAAUAGAGAAGUUACCUGAAGGACUCUCGUCCUUUCCAAACCUCAGCAAGCUAACGUUGUCUCACACUUACCUGAUGGAAGACCAGAAAGAAAUACUUGAGAAACUGCCACAGUUGAGAGCGCUUUACUUUUUGGGUCGUAUUUUCUCGAGCCUUACUUCAGACACACUGGUCUGCACCAACGGAGGAUUUCCCAAUCUUGAAUUUCUUUGCCUCGAAAGGUCGACAAAUAUGACAGAGUUAAGGGUGGAGGAAGGAGCCAUGCCUCUACUCCGCAGAUUGCGCAUUGAUUUCUGUGAAACAUUGAGGGCAGUUCCAGAGGGGCUUCAAUAUGUUGCUAACCUCAAGGAGUUAACUGUCAAGUUCAUGCCUAGUGAGUUCUGUCGUAGGCUUGGAGAAGGCGGGGAGGAUUCCCACAAAAUCAAACAUGUGCCCUCUGUUAGUAUAACAGGAACUGAAUUUAGGGACAUGGCGGACAACAGACGGGCGGAGAGAGCGAGCAGGCGUACUUGGGGAUGUCUCUAAGUAAUUGUGGGCUGUUCUGACUUGAGGCAAUAUGAGACUUGCAGGGGUGGAAGCAACGCAAGCUUUCAGAAAUUGGCCAUGAAAUUAGAAGAACUGAUUUUUUCCACAGCUUAUCUAUGGCCCUUAAUUUGUUUGUUUUGUAUUUGGAUAUUAAAAUUCGAUAGAGAUAAAAUUUGAUCUUUUUUUAUUUUUUAUUAUUGUUUCAUAUUUCUUUGGACGUUGUCUGUUCCUUCUAUUAUCAGUUUUUCUUGCAAUUUUAGUCGGGUACAUUUCGUUUGUUGCGUUACAACGCUUGUAAUGACAAAGCAUAUUUCUUGAUCCUAGUGUUUCACUCUUCA